UCAAUAUAUCACUUGCCCUGUCAUUUGUCAUCAAUUGUGUUCCUUUUUUUAUGGUAAAUGUUCUAGGUUCUUUUGACACCACUUUUGACACUCACUCUUUUUUGGUAUACAAUCUUUUCGGCUAACUACUUGCCCUCUCAUCUGUUAUCCACUGCGUUCAAUUAUAUCUUCUGACGAGCUCUUGGUGACACAAAAAUACUUGGUUCGACGCUCCUAGUCCUCACCGUAAUCCUUGUAGUCCUCGCCAUCGAUCUUCGAAAUAUAUACAAGAAAUAUAUAUAAUUUUCGUUAUAAGCUUAAGCCGUGGUGUCGCGGUCGAAUAUCAUUCGCUUAAGUCCGUAUCCACAAAAGUAAGAGGACAGAAUGAGGACUCAUCAUCACCAGCACCUAACAUCUUCUGGAGGUCGUCUCGUCAAGAUGUUAUUUCUUACAGGAGCUGCACAACUUGUACUUGCCUCGAACGCUCUAGCAGCGACUCCAGGUUCUGCUCUAGUAGCGCGUGGCCCUCCAAGCUCUGAAGGUGAAGGCUUAGGUGAUGAUGCACGAGUGCUAGAAGCGGCGAGUGACGGACUCAAGAACGACGCUGCGUUUUUGUCCGAGCUGCUUCGCCGCGCGGAGGUUUCUUCUGGCUCGGGCAGAAGUACAACUAGCACUUCAAAGAUGACGACACGGACAGAAGCACUGAAAGACGUUUUUUCUCGCGCGGGCGAAAACCUUAGGAACGACGCUGCCUUUGUCGCUGAUGUUAUUCGACGGUGCGGAAGC